CAAACGGAGACGGUAAUUGCCUAUUCAACUCGACGGCUAGGCUUUUAUCCCUGGACGAGUGCAUGGCACCUCUGAUAAGACUUGGCUCUGUGUUGUUUGCAGUGGAUCAUUACGAUCAUCUUUUUGAUGGAUUCAACAUAAAACUGUCAAAUAUUGAUAUGGCAUCAGCAUUUCUCAGCCAAAAUUGCAGUAGUUUUAAGUACGAAAAACGUCCAAAAAACAGCCCAUCUAUAGACGAGCUUCUUCACCAUGUCAUUUCUCACGAGAUAAUGAUAACAUCAGUCAAUGGUGAAUUUUCAGGGCCCCUGCAAGUGCAUUUCAUUUCUGGGCUUAUUAACCGCCCAAUCAACUUGAACUGCGAGUUUUCAAAUCACUUUUGCUACGCUGGCAGAGUCAAUCCAUGUCCUUGUUCAGAACAACGAACAUACGGGAACUCUCUGAACAUAAUGUGGACAAACUUUGCAGAUGAUGGAGAGGACAGGAUAAACCAUGUUAUUCCGGUCUACCACGUUAGAGGCAAAUAG